UGCAUCCCACCGAGCAGCGUCUAUCAUCACUCCUCUGCCGCCCGCACAUCAGUCACACUAUUAGAGCGUAUUGGUAUUAUAGUGAUAGUAAAUGUGUGGGGCGGGUGGGCGUGGCCGGCGUCUUUGCGGUUGCUAGGAUACAGAAUGGACGCCAGUAGUUACCGGGCAUACAGAGUUGAGGGACGAGAACUCACAGCAGUAAGAUGGCAGCGUCUCUGCGUAACGCCGAUGCCCAGCUCAAGAGCUACAUCAGGCAGCAUUCCCUACCCCGGGUCUAUGAGGCUUUACUCUGUGGACUGUGUGCUACAUGCCCAGACAAUCCUCUGCAGUUUUUAGAAGAGAAGAUAAAAGAAUUGUUGGAGAAAGGUCAUCAUUCACUUUUAUGGGAUGUCUACAUAGAUGAAAGACGAAAACCAAGAGUAAAGGCAAUGGCAGGAAGCUAUCUAGAAUACCUUUUUGGGCAGGAUGAAGAUCAGUUGGUGUCGCCAGAGCUAUUUAAAAAGGCAUAUUCAUUUUACAUCAACAAAUUGCAGAGGGUGUACUUUGAUGCGUGGCUAGAGUACUGUGCAGCAAGGAAAGCCAGAAAACUCGACACACAGGUCAAGCUGCACAAUGCUGAGGCUCACCAUGCAAAAACCCAGUUGAAGUCCAUAAUACAUCGAUGGGAUCAGUGGGCGAAAUUUCGCAAUCAACAGCAUAUCAAGGCUGCAACAAAUAUUCAGAGUGUUUUUGAUGGUGCCUUCAUGAAGAAAGUCCUGAAAGCAUGGAAUGCUGAAACUCAGGACUCUAGAAAGAAAAGGGAAUACUUUGAGCUUUUGGAAAGAGGAGAUAUGGAUGAUCUUGGAAAUUUCAGUCCCUCUACAAUGAAAGAAGGUGAAGAUGAUGUGUCACAAUUACCACAAAGGGCAGUUCUUAAGAUAUUUGGCUUUAUGGAUUUGAUAGACCUAGCAAGGAGUUCUCAAGUAUGCCGAUCUUGGAAGAUAAUAGCACAAAAUAGUUCACUUUGGAAUAGCAUUGAUUUCUCUUCAGUGAGACAUCGUAUUCAAGACAAAUUUGUCAUCAAUGUACUGCGAAAGUGUCGUCCUUUUGUCAUACGCUUAAAUCUCCGGAGGUGUUCUUCACUACAUUGGUCCACGUUUAAAGGCAUAGGUGAAUGUAGGAAUCUGCAAGACUUAAAUGUGUCAGAGUGCCAAACCUUAAAUGAUGAAGCAAUGAGAGUUAUUUGUGAAGGAUGUCCAGCAUUACUUUAUCUUAACCUAUCACAUACUGAUAUAACUAACACCACUCUACGAGUUAUGUCAAGAUAUCUGCUCAACCUGCAAUAUCUCAGUUUAGCUUACAGCAAAAAAUUUACAGACAAAGGCUUACAGUACCUGGGAUCUGGGAAAGGAUGUCACAAGAUCAUCUACUUGGAUGUGUCCGGCUGCUCUCAGAUCUCAGUUGAUGGCUUUAAAUAUAUAGGUUCUGGAUGCAGCUCUCUUCAGCACCUGAAAAUAAAUGACAUGUUUACUCUGACAGACAACUGCAUUAUAACUCUGCUUGAGAAGUGCCAGAACAUUGUUUCAGUGUCUCUGCUGGGCUCACCUCAUCUUUCUGAUGCAGCUUUCAAAGUUCUGGCUCAAGAACGGAAGCUUGUGAAAAUCAGGAUGGAAGGUAAUAAUCGGAUUACUGAUGCCAGCAUCAAAGCAAUUAGCAGGUCCUGCCCUAGCCUGAACCACAUUUAUAUAGCCGAUUGCCAGAAAAUUACUGAUAUCAGUCUAAAGGCGAUUUCCUCACUGAAGAACAUUACUGUAUUUAAUGUAGCAGACUGCAUCAGGAUCAGUGAUCCAGGUGUACGACAAGUUCUAGAAGGCCCAUCUGGAAUCAAAAUACGAGAAUUAAAUUUAACAAACUGCCUACGUGUCAGCGAUUUAUCACUUCUUAGAAUAGCACAAAAGUGUCACAAUCUAAACUUUCUGAGCCUCCGCUUCUGUGAGAAUGUGACUGAUUCUGGCAUUGAACUCCUUGGCAAUAUGACUUCACUCAUUUCCAUUGACAUUUCUGGCACCAGCAUUACAGAUAGAGGACUGACAGCUCUUGGGCUUCAAAGCAAAAUAAGAGAACUUUCUGUAUCAGAAUGCCUGGGGAUCACAGACAUUGGAAUUCAGAAAUUUUGCCAUCAAUCAAGGGAUUUAGAACUGCUGGAUAUUUCACACUGUUUGCAGGCAACAAAUAACACACUGAAAACCAUAGCAUUUUGCUGUAAGAUGCUCACAUCCAUCAACAUUGCAGGGUGUCCAAAGAUUACAGACAUCAGUAUCCAGUAUCUCUCCAGGGGCUGCCGUUACCUGCAUAUUAUGGAUAUCUCUGGUUGUAUCCAUCUUAGUGACAAGGCACUGAAGUAUUUACAAAAAGGUUGCAGACAACUCCGUACAAUAAGAAUGUUCUACUGUAAAAGUAUUACCAAGGCACUUGUCUUGAAAGUUGAAUACAAGUAUGAAACACUGGAAUACAGUACAGAUGAUCCUCCACCCUGGUUUGGAUAUGACCGUCACGGUAACGUACUGAAUGGUGUGUCACAUCCAGGGGAGACUGAAGAGGAAACAGCUGAUGAGCCAAUGGAUGGCUAGCAGACAGUUCUGUAUUAAGCCAUGACUUUUUUUCUGAGAUG